AUGUUAAAGACAGCUGAUUACAAGCUAAUCUCCGCUUAUUUCAGCUCUAACAGGAGCAACAAUAGAAAUCUUUCGACAUCAAACGUUGAAGAGAGUGUCCAAAUGAUCAAAUCGGAAGUGAUACCAUGUCUACAGAACGCAAUGGAGACACUACAGAAUAUCUGGAGCGAAAUUGGGUUGCAAGAGGAUCAAAAGGAAGAAAGGACUAAAACUGUGUUGCAUCAUCUUCGAAAUUUACUUCAAGAAAUGGUGAACGAGGAAGAAGAGUUGAAAAGCACGCUUCAAGCAAAUGUGGAAACUUGUACAAAAGAGCUAGAAAUGUUGAGUGGAGAAUUGGGGCUUCCAGUUUUUAAGGUAUGUAAGCCUCUUUUUUACCUAAUUACAUGCUGUUCAUGGAGAAAAGGCCUCUAUGCAAUAUUGUUUAUCCUCAACACAGGAAAAAAAGUUCUUGUUUUAAGGAUGCAUACAUGUACAAUGUAAGCUUAUCUUACCGGUAAAAUUUGAUUUCAGGUUUUUGUUUAUAAUUUUGGUUUAACCUAGGUUGAUUCACAAUUUCCUUUGUGUCCUAGCCCUAGGAAACAAAGCAAAUUGAUAUUAACCUAGAUUGGUUAUCGACAUUUCAGCCAGGAUUAAUGUUGCAGCAUUUAAUUUUGCCUUGAUAGCCAGAGAAACCAAUGAGUAUUCUUAUGCUAGAAAAUGAACUUCGAACAAAGGUGGACAGCCUCAAACUGGUAUGUUGCAAUAGUUGACUUUCAAUACUCCUUGUCAUUAAAUAAAUAUUUAACAAUAAUUCCAUGGGUGCACGUUGGAUACGAGAUGGUAGCAAACGAGGCGCGUAGCGCUGAGCUGGCUAUAAUCAUUAUCCAAAAAUGCCGACAAAAUAUCAAGAAUAAUUCUUCUUGUAAAAACAACAAUUUUCAGCUUGUUUUUAAUUUUGAGCAGAUGCGUACAGUUACCAUAUUUGGAGAGCAUGGUAUAAUGGCUCAUAUACCAUGAUCCAUGAUGGCUAAGCCAAUCAGAAACCUAGAAUUGCUUUAUCCAAUGAUUCAGUUUUUGUAAUAAUAAUUACUCUAUAAAUUAUUAAUGCUUUAGUUGCCUGACUAUUGUGCUCACAAUUUCAACUCAGCGCGGUAGUCAUGAUGUAAAAGUUGCCUAGUCCUGGUGGACAAUCUCCUCCAGGCCUUCUCGAUCAAUGCAUUUGAGAGUGACUUGUCCGAGAUGAACAGCUUCACAAACUGGCUUGGACCAAGCGACCCAAAACGCAUGGGCCCAUCCAAUAAUGAGGCUUAGGCAGUGUUCUCCUUAUCAGGCAGUAACCGGUAAAUUUUACCACCUGAGGUGACACUUCUUACCACCUGCAACCACUGGAAAGUUUAAUAAAAUUAAAUUCGUUGUUUUAAAAAAUACACAAUUUGUGAUCCAAUCCAAUGAAUUCUCACAAGGAAAUGAAUGAAUAUAUAGAGAAGACAACUUUUCCUUUUAUGGGCUACACAUUUUAGAAACAGAACAUUUGAGACACUGGUAAAAUUAUUGGAAUCAAAUUUUUGAAAUUGUUGUCUAAAGAUUGCAUUUGAUUUGCAUAAAAUAGGUCUUAAAAUGAGGGAAUGACGUUUCAGAGAACUCAGCUCCUAAAUUUUCCAGCGAGACAGGUCCAUGUCCCUCACUCCACUACCCUCCCCCUGGAGAGUGCUCCUCUGGCAUAUUUUGUGCCUAACCAGCCAGGAAUUGUCCCUUACCUGCUCAGCUAAAAUUUAGGGAGAACACUGCUUGUAAACAUUCUUGAAAGACGCGUACUCCUGUGGGAAGUUUGUGCUGAAAGAAAGCCCCGGGUCUAGGAAUGUUGAUUGGGACAUAGUAGUCGCGAAAAGUUUUGGUGGCAACUUUGCAACCUACUCAGAUGGGAAUUAUCGGUGUACGAAAUUUUCACGUAUGGACGCCAACAUGGAAAUGAGACUGGAGUCAAAAAUCCUUUGUAACUCCCGUAAACAAGCCGUUUUGCUUACCAAAUUUCCCUGCAACAUACAACUCGCUGCUCUUAGUAAAUUUUGGACAUAUUUUUGUUCAAUUAGUGGUCUCGUGACCUUGUAGCAUGAAAAUGAGGCUAAAAUACAAAACUCAUUAUACCUCUCAUAUUAACUUGGCCAGAAUGUGACAUAAUUUGUUUGUGACAGGAUUUGUGAAUAAUGCCUGUCACGUGACCUCUGACCAUGAAAAUGAGGCUACAAGAAAAGACACGUAAAUUUUACACAUAAGCUUGAGCAAACCUGUGGUUGCUGCAAUAUUUAAAAUUAAAAGAAAGCAAGAAGCACUCAUGAAAAACAGGCCAAAUUUUAUUCACCAGUAAUGUCUAUAUUUGUUCAGGAAUUCACUCGCCUGAGUGAAGAAGACUCCCAUGAAAAUCUAUUGUCUUCCUUAAAAUACCCGAGAAAGAAACAUUACAUACUUCAAAUCAUUACGCAGACCCUCUCUCAUCACUACAAUCGUCCUCAUCACUUUCGUC